AUGGUUACGAUUAAAUACCUCGCAGCAAGAUUAAUUCUAUUAAUUCUGGUGAAGGCAGUGGCACAGCCUACGUCCAAAUCUGACUACUGGAAGUUGAUGGACUCUGGAUAUGACACCUCCUACCUUGAACCGGUUGAGGAACUGGUCCUAGAUAAUGUUCUAGCGUGUGCGUCUGAAAGCCUGUUCAGAAACGUCACCGCUUUCGGCUACGACGGAGACGAAGAUCUGUGCAUCCUCCUGAACGUCGACUACUACGUGGAACAUGACUGGACGCCUAUGCCCGACAUGAAGGUCUUUUUAAGAAAUGAAGAUAUUCACCCUGGAACAUGCGUAGAUAGCGUGUGUGGGAUGUGUAUGCAGGUUCUGGGAGUCCCGAUGACCUGGGCCGAGUCUGAGAGAGCAUGUGGUGAUGUCUCGGGUUACCUGCUGGCGGUCUGGGCUGAAUGGGUGCACCGAUGCAUCGUGAUGCAGCUGCAGUAUCUCAGGAAGCCAACAACCAACGUGUACUGGCUGGGUGGUGCCAGUCAUCUGUCCGAGGCGAGUAAGCUGUGGGCACCAGGUCAGCCCAGCAACUCCGAGGAAUGCGUGCUGCUGGACUCUGGCGACCAUUACAGACUGUUCACUGCCGACUGCUCAGAAAAACAUCACACCUUUUGUUACUUACCUGUAGGAGAGUAA